GUGGACUCUCUCAUCACAACAGACUUCCUUUACGAUUCAGAAAACGAUCAUAUUCAGUUUUCCUAGGGAGGUUAAACAACCGGCGCAAUCAUCUCAACCAGCGCGUCCUCUACUUCCGGUCAGUGUGGCUGACGACUUUUACGUGGCUAAAGCUGCCGACAAACUCGGUGAUAACCUUAAACCAAUAUGCCGCAGCAAAGUGAAUUGAUGGAUAAAGCAGAAGAUGUUGCUGACCAGAUUUUACGAAAGUCAAAGCAUGUGCUGCCUCACUUAGCCCGAUUCUGCCUCAUCAGCACUUUCCUUGAAGAUGGGCUGCGAAUGUAUUCCCAGUGGGGAGAACAGCGAGACUAUAUGAAUGCAUCAUGGGGCUGUGGCUACUUCCUGGCGUCAUUGUUUGUGCUUGUCAACCUCCUGGGCCAGCUGGUGGGGUGUGUCAUGGUGCUCAGUCGACAGAAAGUACCCAUCGCCUGUGGCCUCCUGUUCUUUAUCAUUGCUCUACAGACGAUAGCCUACAGUAUUUUGUGGGAUCUCCGGUUCCUGCUGAGGAACCUUGCCCUUGCUGGGGGCGUCUUGCUGCUGCUGGCUGAGGAUCGUACAGAGGGCAGGAGCCUGUUUGCCGGCCUCCCAUCCCUUGGCGAGAACAACCCAAAACAGUACAUGCAGCUCAGCGGCCGUAUCCUCCUCGUCCUCAUGUUCCUCACACUGCUCCGUUUCGAGGUCGACUUCCUGUUGCUCGUCCAGAACCUUGUGGGCACUGCACUCAUCGUUCUCAUAGCCAUCGGAUUCAAGACAAAGUUAUCUGCCCUUGUCCUAGUUGUUUGGCUGACAGGUCUUAAUAUGUAUUUCAAUGCCUGGUGGAACAUUCCCGAUUAUAAACCUAUGCGUGACUUUCUCAAGUACGAUUUCUUCCAGACAUUAUCAGUCAUAGGGGGUUUGUUGCUAGUUGUUGCCUACGGACCUGGAGGGGUUAGCAUGGAUGAACAUAAAAAGAAAUGGUAGAUAAAACAAAUCAAGUCUAGGCAUGUGUUAAGUGGAGUGUACACAGUAUGAUGUAACUGAAACUGUCCAAAAUGCAUGCGACAUUUGCCAGUUGUCAUAAACUCAUUAUCAUGAUUACUCACUCUUGUCACAUUACUAUAAUGUAACCAAACGAAAGAUGUCCGAUGUUGAUUCCUGGUAUUGUGUGCCGUAUGCAUCUGUAUGAAAGGGAUGAUAUGAAUGAUUCCAUUUAAACCUGCUGUUAUACCAGCACGGAGUACUGCAUGUAGUAUUUUGUAACCUUAUCAGAAGGAUUGUCAUAGAUGUUGCACACUUGACAUUUACAGUGCUUAAAGCCCUCAGACAUGGCUGCAUUUUCUAGUCUUCAUAUUUUGUCAAUUUAGCCAGACCAAUUCUUUCUUUUUUUACUAGUUUUCUAGAUAUUAAUAUGAGAAGGAAAGUCAAUGUAAAGUUAGUGACAUGAUGUCCAUUAUACAUGUUAUAAAGUUAGUUGAUUAUUUGUUAUAUAAGAUCUUAAAGUUAAAACACUUGCUAAAAGCAGAUCGAAAUAAGCUUACUUUAAAGUUAGUUGAUUAUUUGUUAUAAGAUCUUAAAGUUAAAACACUUGCUAAAAGCAGAUCGAAAUAAGCUUACUUUAAAGCAAACUCACGAUCUUAUUAUGUGUAUAAUUGAGAAUAAAGUCAUUUGUCAAAACAAGGAAAUAAUUGGUCUAGACUUCCAUAGUAUCUCAUUCAUGGCUACCAACAUGUGUAUUAAACAAAUAGAAGCUGUUGUAUGUAGUGCGUCAUUGAAAACUAUCUACCAGUUCAUUUUUAUUCUCUGAUUAUAUUUGUAGUGUGUGAAUGUGGCACAGACAGGGGAAGGUGCUAUCUUGACACAUAUACCUUGUCAACUUUGUAAAUGUUGAAACAGUUACUCUGGAUGUAGGUAUGGGAUGGUGUAGUGGUCCAGCAGGUGGAAUGGUCGGAAGUUAAAUCUGGAUGGUAGUAGCCCAAUGGGCUAGCUCUUGCCAUUAGUUAAUAUUUCCAUUAGUUUGGGGCAUUAGUUUGGAAUACCAAGUUAGCGCCGUAACGACUUGUCUAACUUGACUCCCUACAAUAUGAGUGCCAGGCAGUGAGGUUGUGUAUCUAUACAGCAUGAUACAUGUAUAUAUGAUGAGCACAUGAUUUUUGAUAUUACUAAUUUAAUAAUGCUACUAUUUUUGGUAUAUUCCAUCGUUCCCAGACUUAUUUCUCCUCCAAUGGAUUCCAAUUUACGGAAUAUAUUUUGGUUUGGUAACCAUGGUAACUAGACGUUCUGAUCGAUGAUUCAGCGUCUUGACCUAUCAAGUGCUGAGUUUCCAUGUAUUGUAGUGUGUAUCUUCCAGAUAACAAGCUGUUAUGUUACAGCAGGAAGCCCAAUGAAUCCGAACACUGCCAGUCUCUGCUUGAUAAAUAUGAUUUGGCUCAUAAUAAUAUUGAAUAAACUCCAAUCUGUAUUGUAACUUUGGUGAAUCAGUGAUGCUAGUACUGCUGUCUAGAAGGAUGUGUUUUGUGUAUUGAAGAAUACUUAGUUGUAUGUGCCAGCUCAGGAAUGUUAUAGAGUAAGGAAACUAGUACAUGUAGUUGUCCCAGGGACGCCAUGUAUUACCACAGAUGUUAAGGCCUCUUCCUUUCAUAUUGUCACCUUAAGUGAAGUUAAGCACCACAGGGUUCGAUUUAAGGAACUUUAUAUACCUGCACCUGGUGCAUGUUGUCGGGAAAUCUAGUUGCUCCAGACCAAACCAGGUUGCACCAGACUAAACCAGGUUGCACCCUCGUCCCAUAAAUUUAUCAAAGUUGAAACAGAUGCAUAAACUAGUUUAAAAAAGUACAAUCCCAGGUCUGUGAUGACUAUCAUGAAUUACACGGUGAUUUGUGAUGUGUGGUAAAUAUAGCUUAGAGAUAUUGUGUUCAAAGAUCGUUGUGUUGACAAGUAAGGGUUAGUUUGACACAAAUUUGCAGCUUUUCACUUGCACUUAGUGCAAGUAGACAUGAAUAUUACCGUAGGUUGCACUUUUCAAGAAUAGGUUGGACUGGUGCAUGUUUUGUAUACCUAAAUCAAGCCCUGCUACAUUACUAGAGUUAAUCUGUCAGGUCAAAAAAUCAGCUGUACUUUAACUUCUUUUCAGUAGUACAUACAUGUACGUAUUUCCAGAUGCACUUUUGAUUGAAAUAUUUACAGGUUAAACGUUUUGGUAUUCUAACAAAGUUGACAAGAACAGAAUUGCUGGGGUAUGAUUGGUGUUGUUUUGGGCAUUGUCGGCCAUUGUUGACUGCUGGUUGCAAACUCAGUACCGCAACACCACCUGCACAUGUGUGCCAAUAUACCAGACUGUGGCCAAGGGGAGAUAAUCAAAGAACUAUUUAUGUGUCAUCGUUAUUUAUGUAUUCUUUCAUUAAGCAUGUUGAGUAUCAUUGGAAGUUGCUUGUGUGUUUGUUAUUUUAGAAGUCGAUGAGUGUGUGGUGAUCUCUAAGGGGUCUUGUUAAAAGCUUCUGAGCUGAUCGUAAAUUUGUGAGCAUUGCCAUGGUGACUGGGUGAUGGGUUGCAGUAGACUUACCCUGCUGAAAUAGCAUAAUUAUUCAAUAGUCAGCCAGCCUCAAACGUACAAUAUCCUACACAUGAUCGUGAGGGAGCAUGGUUUUGCCAGUCUCAUUAGAAUCAGAUCUAUCACUCCAAGACGGUACCUGAAGGUCUGAUAAUCCCACCAUUGAAGGUCCCAUCAGGAAAUUUUGACCUCACAAUCUGAAUGACUGAUCUGUGGAUUCAGCUGCCAGCUUUCUGAAACAAUUUCACUUCAUUGAUAUACCAAUUAGAACCUGAAAUUUCCCUUUUAACAACAAAACACAAAUAUGUCUUCUAUGAGUUUCUUUUGGUUGUAAAUGACGUGGAGUAAAAUUAUCCCCAUUAUAAUUGAGUGGUCUUUUAUGUUCACUUGCAAUUGGACGUUUAACUUCAUUUUCAAGUUUCAGAAGUAAGAUAUGCUGAUCUGAAUGCUUUGCUCACUUGCAGAGAGGUAUCCUGUGAAGGUAAAAGAUCUGAUUUUAAUGAGGUUGCACAGUGGGUUCUCCUGAGACAGCUAGCCUUAGUGCUGGGUUCCCUUGACACCAUGGCUCCAGUGAAGUGGGGUGUGAGGCCCUUCCAGUGUCUUGUCUUCUGCCUGUAUGUAGUGAUGUGGAGCUGGGUGUGUCCAUCUGUUGUUACACAGUGUAUUAUAUCUUCAUUCUACCGGUACCUUGGACAUGUUAAUCAUGAGCCGGAUUCAAAGGACGUGAUGCUAAUAAUGGAUACUGACGAUAAGAUAGAGACGUCUUCCGGAAUAACGGUAACAAAUGGGUGUCAUGAAGUUGGCAGUGCUUGAUAAUAAUAUAUUAUGGGUGGCGUGUCUUGAGAAACUGUAUUUUCACACUGUUUAUUAUGGAAAUGGAAAUAUAAUGUCAUGGACAAUUGAGGAUAAUGUGUCUUGCUACUCAUAACCAUCAUUUGUAUUGUUGGUGAAUUUAUUUUUUCCAGACUAUCCCUAUGCCAAAUUGUACAGCCUUUUGCAGACUAGUCUAGUCAGUAAUCCAGUAACUGUCCCAGUUCUUGUAUAUCAUUUACUUGUGUAUUAUCACCGAGAUUUGAGCACAUACACCCAACUGUUACUAAACUUAAAAUGAGACACUGGUGCACCAUAGUUCGAAACUCAAAACAGUAUGAAUCAUUCAAAAUCAAUAUUUUGCAAUUUUAUGUGAUUGUGUGUGUGAGUCAGAUGGUUUGUGAACUGAUGCUAUUUGACAUACUAGCAUUGCCAUAUAUAGACCAUAUUCGGAAUAUUCUGUCAUUUGAAAAAAGUAGAUUUAGAGAGAAAAAUUACCGUUUUGUUUUUCACCAAGUGGAAUGUGAUACACCUGAUUUGGAUACCAGGAUCACAUUGCACAGAUGAAUUACGACCUUUGGGAAUUAUUUCCAAGUUACACAAUACAUGGCUGGGUGUGUUCUGGUUGACUAUGAAUGUGCAGGAAAACGACAGUGAACGUGUUGACGUCUAUAACUGCCUAGCAGUAGUGGGACGAUACACCGAUGCAUUGAUGGAUCACGAUUUUUUACUUAGCGAUCAUAAUCGCAUACUAAGUAAAAAGUAUUGAUUCUUACCUUAAUUGACUUCUUUUAUAAAUGUUACACUAUUUACUAGUGAAAAUGAGAAGUGUAGUAAAUCAUCUGUGUGCCAGGUAUUUGGCCAUCCUCUCUAUGAAAAAGAUGGCUUAGAUCACGAAAAAGAGCACAUGCAAGUAUCAUGAUGCGUAUCAUAUCUUGAGCAAGGUAUCGCGAUACGUAUCGAAUCGCUCAGUUUGUGUAUCGUCCCAGCCCUGCUGCCUAGUGAUGACAGUGACAUCAAAUUAGCUCCCAUCAGAUUAUUGUACAACAGGAAAGACAUAUUGCUGAUAAUUGAUCAUAUAUAUCUACCGAUUUAGUUUAUUCUUUUCUGGUACACCUACCUGCUUACAAGCUUUCAUACGUGGAGGACACCCUAAAGGUCAGACUUAUUAAGCAGUGACAGCUACAUUGAAGUGAAGCUAAACGUUAUUUAUGGGUUGACAUUCUGUUGGAAAUGAGUUCACAUCACCUGCUGGAUAGAACUUUACUGUAUAGGAUAAGUCAUGUAUUGCCACUUUAUGCUCAGAAUUAGUGUUGUAUUGUUACUUUACUAUAAGUACAUGAUCCACACCAUUACAGUCAGAGUAUCAAGUUAUAUUACUACAAUUAUCAUAUUGUCACCUUAUACUCUCAGUAUGGCUACCUUCCUUGUGUGAUAAUCAGUGUAUUGUCACCUUGCUUUAAGAUAAUAGCUGCUGUUGACAAGGUGUACUGUUGCCAUGGUGACAGUCCAGUCUGCCUUCAGACAGACCCAGUGAUGGAUGUAUAGUUCUAGAAUAUAACACCCUAUCAAUAUACUGUACAUAGCGGAUAAUACUGAAAACGUAUCUCUUUUCUUUCCUCACAGGCAUUUACUGAACAUACGCUGUCAUUGUUCUCUUUAAUUUCUAUGGAAUUGUUCAAAUAUUGCACAUAUUUAUUAUGAUUUACCAUGUUUACUUAAGACGGUUCAAUUUUAUAUUUAAUUUUAAUCAUGUAAACCCAUCUUUUGCCAAAGCUUUUUCAUACCCAGUAGUAUAUUUACAUGAUUCAUACAGUCUGUUCAAGCGUCAAUGCCUGCUGUGGUUAUGUGCAAUUCAAACAGCUAUGUUUAGGGCAACAUGACACUGUAACCUUUCUAUUUUGUUGAGUAUCUCUAGUUUGAGGUCAGAUGCUACAGUUACAUAAUAAAAUCACCACAAUGCUUAGGGCGAAUUUAUAAGAAAGACUGCAUGUUUCAUAAUUCAGCAUUUUUUUAAAAAACAUGCAUUUAUGAUUGAUAAACCAGAGUUUUUUCUUUGAUAUUUAAGUGCAGGUAUUGUACAUAGGUUUAGUCUGGCUAAACGUGUUAUGAUUGGUGUCGUUAUGCUUAAACUGAAGUUUCUUUAUUGCAACCCUAGUAUUGAUUACCUAUUGUUACGUGUACUGUUGAGCCUUAAGACGCAUGUUGUUAUAUUUCUUUCCUCAUGCAUUGGUGAGUGUUGUUACCAUGAUGUGUAACUGUCAGUUUACAUGAAUGAAUGUUUGUAAAUAAACUGUGUUGGUUCAAGAA